AAGCCCAGUCGCGGCCCAGGAUAAACAGUUGUGGUCUUGUGGAGUUAAGCGGCGGCUCCGGCCACCGCCGCCGCCUCGCGUCGUCCACAAGGAAGGCCCCUCUUGCUCUCUGUCUCGGCCCCGGUCUCGAACCGGCCGGGAGGUCAGGUGGGGCUGUGGGGGAGCAGCACAUCAGCAUGGAGGCGAGCAGCAGCCGGGGUUGGAGCGGGAGCGCGGCUCUCAAGCGCCGCAGAGGCGCCGGCGCCUGCUCCGGCUCCGGGUCGACGGCGCAGUCGCUGAACGACGACAUCCUCCGCUCCGUCUUCUCCCGUCUGGACGACCACUUCGACCUCGCCCGAUGCGCCGCCGUCUGCAGCUCCUGGAAUAGGAUAAUUGUAACAGCACAUCUCAUGAGGGAGCUUUAUUACAAGAGGAAUCCACCAGCAAGAGGUUCAAGCUCUAACAUUUCAGUGAAAAGUUACUUUGAGGCGCUUGCAAUGGAUGAGCAUACAUCCUCUUUGUCUAGUGGGCCAGCUGAUGCCUAUCAGUGGAUUGGCCACCCAAUGAGGGCUACUUUGUGCCGUAUGAGGGGUGGUUCGAUUUUAACUGGAGUUGGAGAUAAGUUUCUCCGGCUUUGGUCUGCUGAAACCUGCAAAUUCAUGAAUGAGUACAAUGUGCCGAAUGCUAAAACAUUGGUCGACUUCAAUUUUGAUGAGAAUAAGAUUGUAGGUUUGACUAGCUCCCAGAUUUGCAUAUGGAGACGGAGUGAACCAAUAAGCAUAUUUCAAUCUGGUGGAGCCUCUUUCAAUCAUGGGUUAUGCAUGAGUUUUGCUGACCCAGAGGUUGUAAUUGGCUGUGAGGAUGGUCGAGCCUUUGUAUAUGAUAUGUACAGUAGGAGUUGUUCAAGUAUUUAUCGGCUUCAUUCUUCUCCUGUGACAUGCUUAACAAUAACAGAUGAUCAGCUGAUUCUUGGUGGUUCUACAUUUGGAAAUGUAGCUAUUGCGGAUCAAACCUCAGGGCAGAAGUUAGGUGUUCUGAAAUCAGCUUAUGCACCUUUAGCAAUAAGAUCCUUAUCUUUCAACACAAAUUCACACAUGGUAUUCGCUGGCUCAUCUGCUGGUUAUGCACAUUGCUGGGACUUAAGGACUCUGAAGCCUCUUUGGGAACCAAGAGUCAGCCCAAACGUCAUCUACAGUGUACAUCACUUGCCAGGUGACACAACAACACUGGCAGUCGGUGGCAUCGACGGUGUGCUUCGGUUGAUAUGCCAAAGAACCGGUGAUAUCAUUCGAAGCAUUAUCGUGGACACAGUCUGCCCAGCAGAAUCCACAUCGAGAUCCAGGCAUCAAAUUGAGAAGAAGCGUGUUCGCGAGGUUGCCCCGGGUGCCCAAGUGGACAACAUCUCCACACGCUUGCGCCCUCAGAUUACCAGCCUGUCGGUUGGCAUGAAGAAAAUCGUGACCACCCAUGGCGAAAACUACAUUAGGGUCUUGAAGUUUGGCCCGAAAAAAUCAUAAAACUGUCAUUCUAAGUGUGACGUAGUUAUCUGGUUAGCCCACUGUUUGUAACCUGUACGCUCUCUGAAUAAUAUGGUGUGACAUGUAUUAUGUAACUGUAAGAAUAGCUUGAAAAGCUGAAACACAGGUUGAUGUACUGUUGCUCUUAAGAUGCCUGAAUCAGAAGGACUAAUGUCUGUGGGUCAAGAGUUGGACAUAUAUGGUUGUAGGUAAAACUGUUUGUAGUCAGUU